AUGAUUGCAUCUACAUCCAGGAUCUCUAUCCGUGUGCUUGCCCACGCUUCGGGCUCGCUCACGAGCUCCCAGCUGAGCCGCAGCGCGUCGCGUUGGGUCGCUCGUUCGCUCGCUUCGAGCACAUCGAGCCGUAGCCUUUCGAGGCCGAAGCAGCUGCGUGCCUCCGAGCUGAUGUCGAGACGCGCAUACGCCACUUCCACCACUCCGGCAUCUUCUGCACUCGACCCAGCAGAUGAAGAGUCGCAGCGUUUCCUGGAAGAAGGCACGACGCACCUCGAAGCAGGCGACCUGGAAAAGGCCAAGCUUGCGUACGAGCGUAGUCUGGAGAUCAAGCGCAACUCGUCGGCGCUCUUCAACCUCGGCGUCUGCUACUACCACGACCGCAAUCUCGACGGCGCAAUUGCGGCGUGGAAGGAGUCGCUGGAGCUUGCACCGGAGAGCGCCGAUGCACACACCAACCUCGCCUCGGCGUACGUGCUGAGCAAGCCGUCGCGCCCGGAUCUGGCCGUUUCGCAUCUCAAGACGGCAGCAAGCAUCACGCCGGACGAUCCCGAGAUCCAGUACAAUCUCGCGGCAGUGCUCGAGGCGUGCGAGCAGCUCGAGGAUGCUCUCACCGCCUACAAGCGCGCGCUCGAGGGCGGCAUCCAGAGGGCAGAACAGAACAUCCGCAACUGUUCGGCCAAGCUGCUCGGCGCCAAAUUCGCCGUUCAGCAGCAGCAGAACGAGGAGCAGCAGCAGCGUGACCCCAAGCAGUAG